ACAACUAAAUGCCUAACCCUAAAAUCAAGUCUUAACCCUCAAACAGCCCCUUGAAGUUGCGAGGACCAGCCUAAAUGUCCUCACUUUCCAAAAUGGUCCUCACUCAAAAGAUAAAUUACCCGCGGUGUUCCUCACAAAGAUGGCUGUACAUGAACACACACACACACACACACACUGACACUGACAAUGACAGGGGGGCGUGGUCUUCCGACGCAGUCUCCUCUGGGCUCGAACAGUGGAGCAGAUGUUCACACAACCCUCGGGUGGAACAGACCGAACAAACUGUCGGUUUGUCUUGUUUGUUUAUUCUUCUUCUUCUUCUCCUCCUCCUCCCCCUCCCCCUCGUCCUCUGCAGCGGUCCACAGACACCAGUUCUUCACUUGUCCAACAUGACGUCCGCAGGUUUUACGCGCAGCGACACCAGACGAUUCUCGACCUCCUGGACUCAACUCACGUCGUUUUUAAUUUAUUUUAAUAUUGUUGACGUCACGGGCCGCCCAUAUCUACUUGAAAAGAAACUGUAAUUCUCACAAUAUCCUUUUUUCUUUCUUCUCUUUUUGGUGCGUAUUAGGGUUUCUUUUUUAACUUCUAGAUCAUUUUUUCUUUCACAGAACUAAAAUCCUGCCACACGACUCGUUUAUUCACUCAUUUAUUUUGUCAGUAGGAGUCUCUGCCUCCACACAUGACCGCAGACUCACCGCGAGUGGACAAACCCUCCGCAGCUCCGCGCGUCCUCCUCAUGCGCAGCGCGUAAUAAUUGGAGACGUCGCUGUGCCACUCGCCUGCAGACGCGCGCUCCUCCUCUCCAUCUCCACCUCUCCUUCUCUCCACCUCCACCUCCAUCUCCUCCUCUCCUACUCCCCUCCUCCUCUCCACCUCCACCUCCAUCUCCUCCUCUCCUCCUCCCCUCCUCCUCCUCUCCUCUCCUCCUCCACCUCUUCCUCUCCUCUCCCUCUCCACCUCCUCUUCCUCAGCAGCAGCAGCAGCGAUGCAGCACGAGCGGCUGCUCAAAGUCCUGGUCAUCGGGGACCUGGGCGCCGGGAAGACGUCCAUCAUCAAGCGCUACGUGCACCAGGUCUUCUCGCAGCACUACCGCGCCACCAUCGGCGUGGACUUCGCCCUGAAGGUGCUGAGCUGGGACCAGAAGACGGUGCUGCGGCUGCAGCUGUGGGACAUCGCCGGGCAGGAGCGCUACGGCAACAUGACCCGGGUCUACUACCGAGAGGCGGUGGGGGCGCUGGUCGUCUUCGACAUGACGCGGCUGUCCACGUUCCAGGCCGUCCUCAAGUGGAAGGGAGACCUGGACUCGAAGGUCGCCCUGGGCAACGGGAGGCCAGUUCCAGCCGUUCUAUUGGCCAAUAAGUGUGACCAGCGGCGUCACGGCCUCUGCCCCAAACUGCCCAAACUGGAGAACUUCUCCAGGGACUACGGAUUCGUCGGCUGGUUUGAAACCUCGGCCAAGGACAACACCAACAUCGACGCGGCCAUGACGUGUCUGGUGAAGCACAUCAUGUCCGUGGAGGAGCAGCGAGCGUCCAGCGAAGCCAAGAGUGAAGCGGAGGGCAGCGUCGUCCUGCCGCACUUCGACUACGACGCCAAGGAGAAGCGACUCGGCGGCUGUUCGGGAUGUCCGUCACUCAGACCCAGAGACACUGACUGAGGGGGAGGAGUCAGGGAGGGAGGGAGGAGUCAGCGCUGAGAGGCUCCUCCCUCUGCCCUCAGAUGAAUCGUCAGUUGAAGGAACUGAGUGUAAACCAAAGUUUAAAGUCAAAUAAAGGAAAUUUCUUUAUUUUUGUUAUAGAAUA